GAGCAGGAGCAGGCGGCCGUGUGGCUGCGGCUGGUGGCGCCGUCCGUCGUCGGGGCGCCGAGCGGCGCGCUGCUCGCGGCCGCGGCCCGAAAAGGCGCUCGUCGGCCUGGCGACGGCGGCCAGGGCGUGGUGGCGACGCCGUGGAGCACCUCGGUUUCGAGGAGCUCUCGGCCUGCUCGGGCAUCGGGGGCCCGUCUCGUGGCCACGACGGGGCGCAGCUCGGGAAAAACCGGCCAGGGUGGGUCCGUGGUGGAAGAGAUGCCCGUUUUUUUUUGGUCAUGG